GGUAAUGAUUUAAACUCUUGAGAGAAACUCUGGACACAAGAUAUCAAGCAGCUGCUACCCCCCAACUGGAAUAUUAACCUGCUGUAACGCUGUAAAUACCCGGGUCUCAACGGCUUUUACGCUCAGUAUAAUAAGUUGUUGCAUCCGUGAUCAUUAUAAUUAUAUUAAUAUGGGGAGAGUAAGCAGCGCUUGUUUUAUAUCUUGGAUGUAUUUGGUCUACAUUUCCUCGGGUUUUGCAACUACGAUUGAGCCAGCGAGUGGAUUCGCCACUUUUAACAACAUCAUGGAAAAUGCCACAGAAUGGAUGACGGACUUCAGUGACAUUGAGUCCAAGUUUUCCUUCAGGACCAGCGAAGAACCUGAAGACGAUCUGUGCUACAUAGUUCCAGGCCAACCCGAAACCAUCAAAGAAUGUAACUUCAAUCCAGACACCAAGACUUUCAUAGUUAUUCACGGAUGGACGGUCACGGGUAUGUUUGAAAGCUGGGUUCCCAAACUGGUAACAGCCCUGUAUGAUCGAGAGCCAACAGCCAACGUGAUUGUAGUGGACUGGUUGUCCCGCGCGCAACAACACUACCCUACAUCAGCUGCCUACACCAAACUAGUGGGGAGGGAUGUGGCCAAGUUUGUCAACUGGUUACAGGCUGAGAUUGACUAUCCUUGGGAGAGGCUGCAUCUGUUGGGCUACAGUCUUGGUGCUCAUGUAGCAGGAAUCGCUGGUCUUCUUACCAAACAUAAAGUUAACAGAAUCACAGGCAUGGAUCCUGCUGGCCCUAGUUUUGAGUACGCAGAUGCCCAAAGCACUCUUUCUCCCGAUGAUGCCCUUUUUGUGGACGUUCUUCACACCAACACCCGCGGUUCCCCAGAUCGCAGCAUUGGGAUUCAGAGGCCAGUGGGCCACAUAGACAUCUACCCCAACGGAGGAACAUUCCAACCCGGCUGUGACCUCCAGAACACUGUGUUGAUGGUGGCCACCACUGGUUUAAGAAACAUGGAUCAGAUCGUGAAGUGCUCCCACGAGCGCUCCAUCCACCUGUUCAUCGACUCGCUGGUGAACCAGGAGCAAGAAAGCUUUGCUUACCGUUGCAGCUCCAAAGACAGCUUCAACAAGGGCAUGUGCCUCAGCUGCCGCAAGAACCGCUGCAACAAGGUGGGCUACGGAGUCAACAAAAUUCGCACACGCAGAAGCAGCAAGAUGUACAUGAAGACCAGAGACGUGAUGCCAUAUAAAGUUUUCCAUUAUCAAGUAAAGGUCCACUUCUUCGGCAAGACAAAAUUAAGCUACACUGAUCAGCCCAUGAAGAUCUCACUGUACGGAAUCCAUGGCGAGAAGGAAAAUAUCCCCUACAUUAUGCCUGCUUUGAACACGAACACCACCAUGUCUUUCCUGCUGACCACGGACACAGACAUCGGAGAGCUGCUGAUGGUAAAACUUCUCUGGGAGAAAGACACCCUCAUCAGCUGGCCAUGGUGGAACCCCGAUACCUUCCACAUCCGCAAACUACGCAUCAAAUCAGGAGAAAGACAGUCUAAGAUCAUCUUCAGUGCCAAAGAAGGUGAAUUUUCCUACCUUUCCCGUGGAGGUGAGGCCGCCGUCUUCAUGAAAGAGAAAGAAACCCAGUCGAGCCGCAAAAACCAGAGAUUGCACAAGUUGAAGAUGCACGGAAGUUCGUUCAAACAGAGCACCGAGUAAAGACACGUCAAAAUCCACCUCUGCUGGGAUCUGGCACGGAAUCUGCCAGGGAAAACUGGAACGGUUGAGACAAAACCUUUCCCGAAUAUUCGGACUAGUAACCUUCACCCCACGCAAAUCCAGAAACACAUCCUGCAAGAAACCACAUCUUAAAAAUGUUGCUGCUGUGCAGUUUUAAAACAAAACAAUCACUUUGGAUACCACUCAAGACACAUUACAGGUCAUCUGAGAUCUGGCUAGACAAUCUUUCCUGCGUCUUUAAUCCAUAAAAAUGAUCAAGUCUCCAUGCAACAUAGUUAUGCAAGUAAUCAGUUCCAGUCUAUCUAAAAAUGACUUGGACUUAGUUAAAAUGUUUGGCUAGUUGUCCACCAAAGAGACUCUUCUUUUGGAGAAAGAUUCCACUCGAAACAUGUUACGGUUUAUUUGGUUUAUCAGUAUUACUCUUGAAAUUCCACUUAGUAACUAGGUUAUUUAGCCGUUUGUUUGGUUGUACUGUGAAUUAGGUUGUACCAGAGCAGUUUUGUAGCUAUGCUAAUCCUCUUUGCUUCAGUUCCGAAAGCAAAACUUUUAGAUUUGUCUGUUGCAACCGAAAAUCAGUCUGAAUUGCUUUAACAAAAAAAUGGGACCAAAUCCUCUCUCUGCUGAAUCAAGAUGAAAUUAUUACUGUAAAUAUUUGUAAUUGUCAUUAUAUAUACUUACAAACAGCUCUUUAAAUGUCUACCUUUCUUUCAGUUCUUGGGUUAUUUUGUCUGGCACAGGUCACUUUAAAGGCUUUGCCUCCCUUUGAUUCAGUAUUGUUUGGUAAAAGAGCAAAAUCAACAAACGAUUCUGCUAAUUCAAUUUUGUUGUGUUGUUUUUUUGUCACUUCUUUCAAUUCAGUUUUGUUUGGUAAAAGAGAAAAAUCAACAAACGAUUCUGCCACUUUUGUUUUAUUUCUCGUCACCCUCAAAGCAACUCAAAGAUUGUUUCGUCUGCAUUUUGAGAAAAUAAUGAGGCAAGAAACGACUUUAGUUUAUGCAUGAGCCAGCCAAGAAGUAAAACAAGAUGCCUUUGAUCUAAGAAAUGUUGACAGUUGUCCAGGCCUGACAGGGUUGACUGCCCCACAUAAUAGCCACAAAUACACCAAAACUGUUCCUUUUUCCUAUUUAUUAAAUGUAUAUUUUUGUAUAUUAAGCACAUAAUAUAUGUAUUCCAUGUUUCUGAAGUGCUCUUGCCUUUUCUUUUGAAUUAUGUAGCCUCUCUAUUUUUAUAAACAAACGUUGAUUGAUUCAAGUCACUGGAAGGAAAAGAAAUGAUCAGUUGUGAUCAUAUGAAUCUAUAUGCCGUGCACUGUAUGAUGUCAUUUUAAUAAACAUUAUGUUACUGUA